AUGACAGAUCUAGAAGUUCUGUAUCUAGCUCUGAUGGGGCGUGAAAUCAGUGAGGGACUGGUGAAAAAUGCCAGGGUGAGUGGGCAUACUGAAGACGCUAAACCCACGGCGUUUGCCCAGUCGGACCUCCCCUGCGCCUGGGGUAGGUAUUCCCCGGGGUUUUCGGCUCCGUUGCGGGGCCCCUCGGGGAGGAAACAAAGCGAAAAUGAGGAGAAAAUGGAGAACAAUGCGGAGGCACUCCACGGUUCCUGA